AUGGCGACGCGCCGGCAGCACCGCCGCGGCUUCCCGCUGGUCCCGCUCCUGCUCUCCCUCCUGGCGGCCGCCGCGUACGGCCGCCUCAUCUCCGACGGCGCCCCGUCCGCGCCGCUCCUCUCGUUGAUCCGCCUCUCGGGCUCCCCGCCGGCCGCGGCCGCGGGAGCGGCGGCGGCCGAGGAGAAGUGCGAGCAGUCCUACGGCUUCCUCCCCUGCACCACCACCGUGCUCGGGAACCUCUUCCUGGUGCUGACCUACGGGUUCCUCAUGUACAAGGCGGCCACGUACCUGUCGACGGGGAGCGAGCUGCUGCUCGAGAUCAUGGGGCCCGGCCUCAUCGGCGGCCUCCUCCUCCCCAUCCUUGGCGCCCUCCCCGACGCGCUCCUCGUCCUCGUAUCUGGCCUGUCCGGGAGUAAAGAGGAGGCACAGAGUCAGGUACUUAUCGGAAUGGGGCUGCUUGCUGGUUCCACCGUCUUCCUCCUCACCCUGCUUUGGGGAACCUGUGUCGUUGUUGGCAAGUGUGACCUUGGGCCAAACCGUGAGGCAGUUGAUUUAACAGACACCAAGGGCUUCAGCUUGACUGGCACUGGUAUUACAACCGAUGUGCAGACCAGCUAUGCAGCGCGGAUCAUGGGGCUAUCUGUUAUCCCCUUCAUCAUCGCACAGUUCCCAAAGAUGUUGAAGACCCACCACGGGCAGCGCCUAGCUAUGUUGCUGGGCCUUAUUGUGUCAUUCUUGCUCGUGCUUUCCUACUGUCUGUACCAGGUUUUCCAGCCUUGGAUUCAGAGGAGGAAGCUUGCAUAUGCGAAGCACAAGCACGUGAUCUCUGGGAUACUGAAGCACGCCCAAAAGCAGGCACUCGGUCGUCUGCUAAACGAUGAUGGCACACCCAAUGAAGACGUCAUCAGAAAGCUGUUCCACAAGAUCGACAUGGACGAGAGCCGCUCCCUGUCCCGUGCCGAGCUCCACGCUCUCAUCGUCGGUAUCAACUUCGAUGAGGUUGAAUUUGACAGGAUGGAUGCGGUCGACAAGGUCAUGGCCGACUUUGAUACGUCCCGCAACGAUAUCGUUGAGGAGGAGGAGUUUGUGCAGGGGAUGAAGAAAUGGCUCAAUGAGGCUAAGCGCCACAUGCCCGUGGGCGGCGCCUUCUCCAGCAAGUUCAAUGAAUACCAUGAGAGGACACGGCAGGAGCACGACCAGCUGAUUGACAGGUGCGAUGAGGCGGUGGAGAGCGUGGAGAACCCCGGGUGGUGCAUCACCAAGGCUGUGGCGCUGCUGCUUCUGGGUGCCGCCAUCGCGGCCGCGUUCGCGGACCCCCUCGUGGACACCGUCCACAACUUCUCCAACGCCACGCACAUCCCGUCCUUCUUCAUCUCGUUCAUCGCCCUACCGUUUGCGACCAACUCCAGCGAGGCCGUCUCCGCCAUCAUCUUCGCCAGCAGGAAGAAGCAGAGGACCUGCUCCCUGACCUUCUCCGAGGUGUAUGGCGGCGUAACAAUGAACAACACGCUGUGCCUCGGUGUGUUCCUGGCGCUCAUCUACUUCAGGAACCUGACGUGGGACUUCUCAUCAGAGGUGCUCAUCAUCCUGCUGGUCUGCGUUGUCAUGGCCCUCUUCACCAGCUUCCGGACCACGUUCCCGCUCUGGACCUGCCUCGUCGCCUACAUGCUCUAUCCGUUCUCGCUGGUCAUCGUCUACAUCCUCGACUAUGUCUUUGGCUGGUCAUAG